AUGACUCUGAUAUUUCAGAUAAUGAAGACAAUGAAGUUCAUGAUGAACAGAGAGAAUGAAGAUCUAAGAAAACAAAUUGAUGGAGGGAAAAGGAAAGCUUCUGAAAACAAUUCUAUCAUCACUGAGCUUAAUGAUAAAAUCGUCAUUAUUGAGGAUAAGGUUCGUACUUACUCAGAAUGGGUUAUAGAUGGAGAGUAUGAUUGGCCUCCUAAAUGCUGCCAGUGUCGUGCUGUGCUAGAAGAGGAGUCUGAUUCUCAAACUACUCGAUUGGGUUGCUUGCAUAUUAUACAUACAAAUUGCUUAGUCUCACAUAUUAAAAGUUUUCCGCCACACACUGCGCCAGCUGGAUAUUUGUGUCCUGACUGUUCCACUUCGAUAUGGCCUCCAAAAAUUGUCAAAGAUUCAGGAUCCCGUCUUCAUUCGAAGCUGAAGGAGGCAAUUAUGCUGACAAAUCUGGAGAAGAACUUAUUUGGGAACCAUCCAGUUUCAUUGCUAGCUACAGAAUCCCGUGGUCCUCCUCCUGCUUUUGCAUCAGAUCCACUGAUGCAUGCAUCUGCAACUGGAGGGAGAGAGUAUAAUGCAAGCUUGUCAUCUUCAGUUGCUAAAGAUUCUGAAGGUUACUCGGCUGCAGCUGGAACAGGGCCUACUAAUUCUUCAUUCACAGAUAUUGUGGAGAUAGAUGGUCCUAACUCGGCAAGUCCAUCCCUGUCUAAUCAUGAGUCCAGUUUCGUGAAAAAUGCAAGUCCUUCUGGUGCUGGUGCUACAACGCGAAAGACUGCUUUCCAAGUUGAUAGGCAAAACUCUGAAAUUUCAUAUUACACAGAUGAUGAAGAUGGAAAUCGGAAAGAGUACACGCGAAGGGGUUCUUUCCGCAAUAAGUUGCUUAGGGCAUUGCUACCUGUAUCGUCGAGUGCAUUACCAGUCCUUCCAGUGACUGCACCGCCAAGAAAAGAUGCAUCAAAUGCAGAUGAUGUCCCAGAAGGUCGUUUGCGGCAUCAGAGAUCCUCAAGGAUGGAUCCAAGGAAAAUCCUUCUCUUCAUAGCAAUCAUGGCAUGCAUGGGUACGAUGGGCAUUCUGUAUUACAGACUUGCACAAGGUGGCCUUGGUGAGGAGCUGCCCGGCGACGAGCAACAGUGAUCAAUCGUGAUGGUAUAUUAUUUCUUGAUAUUCUGGUUACUUCUACGAUUCUUCCUUGCUUCCACUCAGUCACUCCCUCGUGUGGGACUGGGCUGGUUCACUGCUAAGGACACAAGUCGAUGCUUGCUAUAAAGAAUUUUCAGUUUUCUCUGAUGGCAGCAAAAUGGUGCAUAUGAAUUUCUUGCUCAUCUAGGUCCUCUGCUCGUGUUAUGGCUUUUGUUUGUAAACAAAAGUGAGUAUCGCAUUAAAACCAAUUUUUUUUUUUUUUUUUAGGUUCAGUUAUUUUGUGAAUAUCUAUUUUUGAACCGAUAACCUUGAGACAGCUAAGGUUGUAUGGACCAUUUGUGGUUCAGAAUGUCUCAUUUGAGUAUGUUUUUUGCAUCUUUACUGAGUUGGUAUUGUAUGUUGGGCUGAAGAGAUCAUUGUUUCAGUUACUUUUGGAAGAUAAAUUUUUGAGUAUUACUGUCCACCUUGAUAGUUUUGAAAACUAGAUUUGAUCAAGGGGUUGUUUCUCAGAUGACAGAAAAAUGGUGCAUGAAA